AUGGCCCGGCCUGGGCACAACGGCUACGGCUACCCUGUCUCGGCGUCCUCUCCUUCGCCAUACCAGCCAGCAACCUCCUCUUCCUCCGCGUCCCACAGGCACUACUCGGCCGGCACUCCAUUCGGUGACGACCACACCUCGCCAUGUGACGACAUCACAGCUGGCUGUACUGCCGUCUUCUCCCGUCUCCUCGCCUACCUCAAAGGCCCUGGCCUGCAAGCAGCCAUGAACCUCGCCGCAAGAGCUGGCCACCAGCUCAGGCGGAAUGCCGUCCGCCGACGGCUUCUCAGCUUUCCCCAUGUCCUCGUGGCCCUCUGGAUGGUCCUCAUGCUGUGGGGUGAGCGCUGGGUGUUCGCGGGUAAGGUCCGCGACUGCGAUUGGCACCACUGGGAGCAUUGGCCCCCAGGCGCCGUGCCACAUCGACUGGUCUUCGUCGCCGACCCUCAGCUCAUAGAUCCGCACUCAUAUCCAGGCCGGCCGUGGCCCAUCAACCCUUUGACGAUGCGUAUCACCGACAACUACAUGAGGCGAGGAUACACACAGCUGCAGAGGAUAUUGAGGCCGGACUCGGUCAUGUUCCUCGGCGAUCUGUUCGACGGCGGACGGGAAUGGAAGACGGCACAGGGCAACUUUGACGAGCCGGAGUGGGCCAAAGGCCACCGACCUGCGCACGAGCAAAAGUACGUUAAGCAGUGGAACAAGAAAUACGGCGAGGAGUACUGGCUUCACGAGUACGAGCGAUUUGGCAACAUCUUCUGGGACAACUGGCGCCUGGGUGGCGAUGCGCCAGGCCCAGGACAGCGAGGACGCAAGCUCGUGACAAGCUUGCCAGGAAACCACGAUCUUGGCUUCGGCGCCGAAGUCAAGAUUCCCGUGAGAGAUCGCUUCAUCGCAUUCUUCGGAGAGACAAAUCGUGUCGAUGUCAUUGGAAAUCACACAUUCGUCUCCGUCGACACGGUUUCGCUGAGUGCCGAGACCUCUCAGGUGAAAGACAAGGAAGCCGUGCAAAAGAUCUACCAGCCGGUCGACGAGUUCCUGAAGGAUGUCAAGGCGGUGAAGCGCAGAGCCGUCGAGAAGGAGCUAAGGUUUUGGCGAGGAGAGAUUGAGGAGCUGCAGUUCACGCAGAAGGUAGAAGAGCUCGACUCGGCAGACUUCAAAGGUUUGCCAACACUAGAUCGAGGAAGCGAAGCUGUGGACUUUCCGACAGUCUUGUUGUCUCAUGUGCCUCUCUUCCGACCGCCAGGCACUCCGUGCGGGCCGAUGCGAGAGCAUUGGCCUCCAGCCAAACCACCCAAGGGCCAGACAACACCCGUCUUUCCGGAUCACCGCAACGCCAUCAGCGUCUCUGGCGGUUACCAGUACCAGAACGUCCUGAACGAGGCCGAUACAUUGAAACUGAUUGAUAGCAUCGGGAAUAUCAAGCACGCCUUUUCAGGAGACGACCACGACUACUGCGAGGUCGUCCAUUCACCAAAGCAGGAAAGCAUCCACGAGGUUACCGUCAAAAGUCUCAGCAUGGCCAUGGGUGUGCCGACACCGGGAUUCCAGAUGAUCUCGAUGUGGAAUCCUAUAGACGCUAAAGGGAAGUCUCUGGCCGGUGAUGGCUCGGAAGUGCCUACGCUGCAGACUCAUCUUUGCUUGUUGCCUAGCCAGCUAUCGACGUUCAUGCUCUAUGCAGUUCUCGGGGUACUGACCGUCAUCAUCCUGGCGGCACGCUCGUUUCUGGUGCCCAUGCUUGGUCUGCAGCCGUUCGCGCUUGACCCAAAUGCGCCAAGCGGCCAGUCGGCAGUCCUGCCUGUCUUUAAGGCCAAAAGUGAGGGUGCAGAGGACAAUUACAACAAUGGGUACGCGAUGAACUCGUCUGCGUCCUCGGCAUCCUCCUCCGCGUCUAAAUCACUCUCGGCAGCGCGCACAUCCCGGACGCGAGGCGCAUCAAUAAGCAAUGCGCCUGGCGGCUCCGGCAGCACGGCAGCAUACGGGAAUGCUCGCAGCUCGUCACCUAAGCGGAAACAGCAGCAGCAGCAGCGGUGGGGCUGGGGCAAUGGCGGCAGAGGCCCGAGGAUCCAGAUCCGCAGAGACGCCACGGCGUACGCAAGCAACCAGGGUCCCUCAUCAGGUGGGUGGAGGCCUGCGAUGAGAGGUGGCGCCGCUCGCGCGCGAUGGCAGCUCGUGCAGGUGUGGCGCGAGUUUUGGACGACUUGCUGGAGAGUUAUUUGGAUGGUCUUGUUGUUCUUUGCAUAUCUGACCUGGAAGGGCUAA